UUAAACUUUAAACUCAGUAGUCUCAGCCAUUCGGGUCCGGACAUGAAGGUGCGGUCACUUUCAAAAAUUCAUUCUAAUAUAACUAAAUCUGGCAAAACGUCGUGUAUAAAUUAUAAAAAUUGUAGGUUUGUAAAUUGCUAUUUAUUAGAUAUAGUUCGAAGCUUGUAACUUAUCGAACCCGAUACCUGAAAAACGUAAAAACGAUGUCCUUUAAGAAGCUGCUGUUUGUGUGCAUGGGCAAUUCAUGCAGCUCCCCCAUGGCUGAGGCCAUUAUGCAGAAUUUAAUGGUCAAAACUAGCCUCUAUUGGGAGGUUGACAGUGCCGGCCUGAGGACCUGGAACACGGGUCGCAAGCCCCACAAGCGCUGCCUUCAAACGUUGCGUGAGCACGGCCUGCGAUCCGAUCACUUCUGUCGCCAGUUUGCUGUGAACGACUUUCAUUACUUCGACUACGUGGUGGCCAUGGACGAGGCUGUGUACAAGGAACUGCUAUACUGGGGAGGAGUGAACCGCGCUUUUGAGAAGAACUGCGAAAUAUUGAUGCUGAGUGCUUUCGGUAAAAACGGUCAACCAGCCGUGAUAUACUCGCUUUCCCCGACUCGAAAGCUGAGAAACUUCCGGACCGCUUAUUACCAGAUCAAGGAUUGCUGCAAGCAGCUGAUUCUCAGCCAAAAGGUGGAUAUUUUUAGGUACGAGCUGCCCAGCUCCAAUGAUGAUCUUUACUUUGCCGCCGCCCCCAACGAUUCAAAUGCCAAAAAAGCGGCGACCGCCGUCGGAAAGGCACUCAAGACAUCGGGAGACACCACUGACUAUGAGGGAUCCCGGGAGAGCCGGGCCGCAAAGAAGGGGACCACCAAAGACAGUGGGACGUACAUCGUCACCCCGGAAUCGAGGUCCUCUGGCGGACAAGUGGCUCCGUGCUCCUCGUAUACGAACGUCUCCCAAAACUCGACCUACCAGCCUGGAGCGGUGGCAUGUUCCGACAUCAAAACCAGCAACAUGGACAACACCAUUCAUUGCAACCAACAACCUCGUGGUACGCAGCGAAAGUUGUGCCAAAAAUGCGGUCAGAAAUUCCUUGCAGCGCUUUGAACUUUCGGUUACAUAUUGGUUGACUACACAGCGCCCUUGACCUUCGAUCAUAGUAUGUCGCAAACAAAUUAUAACGUAAAUCGGUGGGUUGAAAAUAAACAUGACUUUUAUCUGGCA